AUGAUCUACUCAAGAAUUCUUUCGGAGUUUUUUGCUCUUUGGGGCACUCGGUUUUAUAUUGUGAAAUCCGAUGUAGAUGGAAAUAUGAAAAAAGUGUCCAACGCAGUCGCCAGCCUUAAUGUCACUUCCCUGAAGGAAAUGCUGGCCGCUGAACAAGCCCUAAACCAAUCAACUGAGGACUCAUCAGGCUCAGUUGGGCUGUUGUGGCUUAAACGCACCUACGAAUUCCUAGUCUGCGCACUGUGGUAUUUAUCUCAGUCGGAUUCCAAUGAGAGUAUGAAGACCAUUCUGUUGAAGGCAUAUGAAGAAACCUUGAAAAGAUACCACAACAGAAUAAUGUACCAUGCAUUUCGCGUAAGUAUCUUACAUCGUUUUAAUUUGGAUUUAUGA